AUGGAGGCUUUGACGGAUCAUGAUUACUUACGAAGUGAACCCGAUUUCCUCGAAGAACUGGUGUUUGGAAGCGGAGAUACCAUUGAGCUUCGUUGUGACUCUCCAGGUUCUUCUGUGUCUGUCUUCUGGUACAAAGAUGGCAUCGGGAUAUCGCCUAGUAACCGGACUCAUGUCGGGCAAAAGUUGUUGAGGAUUAUCAAUGUGUCCUACGAUGACGCGGGCCUGUACAGUUGUCGGACGAGGCACUCCCUGGAAAUACUCAGGAACUUCACAGUCAGAGUAGCUGUUUUCUGGCUCCAACAGUGCAGCGGAAUCGCCCUUCAGCUAUUAGCUGUUGUCUUGCUGCGCCAUCAGCAGUGGAGCCUUGUCAUGGAGAGCGUGGUUCCAUCUGACCGAGGCAAUUACACCUGUGUCGUGCAGAAUAAAUAUGGCCGCAUUCAGCAUACUUACCAACUCGAUGUUCUUGAAAGAUCACCCCAUCGCCCUAUCCUCCAAGCCGGACUGCCUGCCAACCAGACGGUGGUGGUUGGAAGCGAUGUGGAAUUCCACUGCAAAGUGUACAGCGAUGCUCAGCCGCACAUCCAGUGGCUGAAGCACGUGGAGGUGAAUGGUAGCAAAUAUGGACCAGACGGGACUCCUUAUGUCACGGUCCUAAAGUCUUGGAUCAGUAAAAGCGCUGAAGCCGAUGCUAAGCUAAAUCUGUCCAGUGUGACAGAACAAGAUGAAGGCGAAUAUCUAUGUAGAGCCAACAAUUUCGUAGGCAGAGCCGAAAAAUCAUUUUGGCUCCACAUUCGCAAACCAGACCCAGAUGACGCCACAGAUAAAGAUCUCUCUGACUUGGUCUCGGAGAUGGAAAUGAUGAAAAUGAUCGGCAAGCACAAGAACAUCAUCAACCUGCUGGGCGCCUGCACCCAAGACGGCCCUCUCUAUGUACUGGUGGAAUAUGCCUCCAAGGGGAACCUACGGGAAUACCUGAGAGUGCGUCGCCCCCCUGGUAUGGACUACUCCUUUGAUACCUGCAAGCUGCCCAAGGAGCAGUUAACGUUUAAAGACUUGGUCUCUUGCGCCUACCAGGUGGCCCGGGGGAUGGAGUACCUGGCGUCGCAGAAA